GGGCAGAGGUGUUCCAUGUGAGUGCCAGUGGCGCAGGUACAGUCAAGUGGCAGCAAGUGUCUGAGGAUCUGGUCCCUGUCAACAUCACAUGUAUCCAGGACUCGCCGGAGUGUGUCUUCCACAUCACAGCUUACAACAGCCAGGUUGACAAGAUACUGGAUGUCCGACUAGUCCAGCCUGGUACUAGGAUAGGGCAAGCAUCGGAAUGUUUUGUCUACUGGAAAGAUCCAAUGACCAACGACACAUGGGGCCUAAACUUCACUUCACCUAUUGACGCUAAACAGUUUCGGGAAUGCUGCUCUUGGUGGAGUGGCUACCUGCCGGAACUCAGCAAGGGGGAAGCUCUAGGUUCCCGCAGAAAGUCUCACCCUCCCCCCUUGUUGCAAGUUUUGUCACCUUCCUUCAAAUUCUCGCGUAAAGCGUCCUCUUCCUACUCGCUCAAAUUGGAACCGCCGAACAAACAGAACAAAGUGAAGACCAAGCGUAAGCCACUGAGCACACCUGCCUCCCCGAGCCGCUCUCGUGAACCUCAGUGCACGUGUAUGACAGCUGACCAGUACGCUAGGCUAAGGGCCCAGGAUCCUAGAUACAGAGGGUCGUCAACAUUACCGAGGGCGCAGUCACGUGUGAGUGAUGUGGCUGAUGGACGAGCAUCAACCUUGGGUGACAAGGUGACUGCGGCUACUAGCAGCACAUCACUGUAUGACAACGUCACCAACAAGCCGCUGUCUUCUGGCAACCGACAGACCCGAGAUCGCGAGACCAGCACUCCCGGUGGCAAGCUCAAUAAUUCUAAUCACGCCACCACGCAGGUUCCCGCGCAGUCUCAGACUGAAGAGGGUCAGGAGACCAGCAAGAGCGAAGGAACGCAGGCUGGAGGAACUGUGAGUGGAGGUAAGAUGACUACGGGUACCUGUACUCCUAGACUGACCAAGGACGCCCAGGCUAACACACAACACAAGGCGAGCGGUGGACCUGACUAUGGUGAUGGCACCGACAUGGUGCGUGAGGCGGAGCUGCGGGCGGCAAACAACAACAACAACAUAAACAACAUCACCUCCAACAACCGCCGGACCACCAACAACAACAAUAACAAGUUGGGCAAAGACGAUAUCCGCUCAGGAGGAGGCAUGAGUGUGGACUCAAACACGUUGAAGCGGAUGUUGAAGCCGAUGCCGUCGCUGGAGAGCCCGGUUACGAGCCCAGAGAUGACUCGUAGACGCUACAACUACUACAACCAUCACGGCAACAUCCACUACAACCACCACAGCCACGGCGCGGCCAACAACAAUGCACGACAUGACUCGGACACCAUGGGACGACACAAGGGCAAUCGCUUCUCCGGAUCGCGUUCCUCUCAUGAGAUAGGUCGAGGGCAACCGGACUAUCAGAACCGGGGUUUGUUCCUGGAACUAGAGAGGAACGGAGGGGGCGGUGGUGGGGGGGACAUUUCCCCUCCCUCCGACAACGUAUUAUUUGACAAUCAGUGUUACGCAACAACCCCUAGCUCAAGUAAUGGCAACUCAGAUCUCGACCAACCAUCACAUAGACAAGGCUAUCAGAGAGACCGAGACCCUCACGCAGGAGCAGUCAGCACUCCCAGCUCCCCCACCUCCAGACUACUGCUGGAGUAUGAGAUGCAUCUCAGGAACACCUUGGCCAAGGGGAUGGAUGCUGAGAGCUACAGUCUCCACACGUUUGAGGCAUUGCUCACUCAGAGCAUGGAGAACCUAGUUUUGGCUGGGGGAGGGACUGCCUUCCUAGUUCGCCUCAGAGAUUUGAUCGCUUGGCUUAAAGGAAAAUCCAAUGUCCUCCCGGGCUUAGAAGUCCCCUCCCCAGCUACCAAGUCUAAACAACCACAUGAAUUCGCCGAACAACUCCCUGGAGUCAACAACACUAGGAGUCCAUACCCCUCCAGGCGACGGCCUGUUAGCAGUGCGAGCAUGAACAAGUCAUCCACCUUGCCACUGCCCCAUCGGCUAAACAUGGAGCGGCCAGCGAGUAGUGCUGAUCGUAGAGAUAGGGACAGAGAUAGAGAAGGGUACUACAGCGAUCGCAAUGAGUUGCUCAGGGAAAGAGACAGAGAACGUGGUUAUCUCAGUGAUCAUAACUCUUCCAGCAGAGACCGUAGCCGGGAUGGUUACUACAGCGACCGAAAUGAGCUACUCAGAGAAAGAGAGAGGGAGCGUGGAUACUUGAGUGAUCACAACAACUCUAGUCGCUGUGCGUCUUGUCUGGGUGAGUCAGCUCGCGCUCAAUGGUUCCGACACUCAGACGGGUGGCGCUCGGGUAGCUCAACACUCGGGUCUGGCAGUGUCAGCACGUACCCGAGCAGUGCGGGGGGCAGCAAACGCUCACCCUGGGACUCUCUCCCCUCACUGAGACAUGAGAACAGUCUCAAUGACAGUGGCUACAAGAGCAACCGAGCUGACUCCUUUGAGCAAAGGGGGACGUUUGAUCGGCAAGACAGUCUACGCUCAGACUAUAUGAGUGACCGAGAAUCGCGUUACGGUAUCGUGCAGCAAGCCUCCAUCGAGAGUACGGACUCGCGGCUGUGUUAUCUCACAUCAUCAGAGAUGUCCGAUGAUGACCGGAUGUCAUUGACUACAGCUGUCAGUGACGAGGAAGACGCCGAGAGUGUUCACAAUUCACCAUACAGAGCCAAGCAGACUGGAACAGCUGCCGCUUCUUUCAACUGCACUGGCGCUGUUAGAAAAGCUGGGUUUCUGAGCGUCAAGAAGUGGCUACUGCGGAAGAAACACCAGAUAGAGUUGGCCCGCAAGCGCGGCUGGAAGGGAUACUGGGUGUGCCUCAAGGGUACGACAUUGUUGUUCUACCCUUGCGACUCCAGGGAAGGACGAUCUGUGGAAGCAGCGCCCAAACAUCUCAUCAUCGUAGAUGGCGCCAUCAUGCAGCCAAUCCCUGAGCAUCCCAAGCGAGACUACAUCUUCUGCUUGAGCACUGCUUUUGGAGACGCAUACUUGUUUCAGGCGCCGUGUCAGGUUGAGCUUGAGAACUGGGUGAACAGUAUUCACUCCGCUUGUGCCGCUGCCUUUGCUAGACAUCGUGGCAAGACUGGCACGUUACAUCUACUGCAGGAGGAAAUAUAUCGGCUUGAGAAGGCCAUCGAGUCUGAUCACAAGCUGAAGCACAUGGCAGAUCUGCAGCAGAGCGUGGUGUCAGACCCGGAUACCAAACAGCAGAUAAACUCUCAGAUUGUUCAGUGGGAGGAGAACCUAGAACGGUUACAUUGUGAACAGUUCCGGUUACGGUGUUACAUGGCUAGUCUUCAGAACGGCGAGCUUCCCAACCCUAAGAGCUUACUGACACACGUGUCCAGAGCCACGAAAAACACCCUGAACAAACUUGGCGUAUUCACUGUGUCGUCAUUCCACGCUUUCAUAUGUGCCCGUUCGCCCUCAUUGCUCAACAACCUGCUCGCUGGCCGCGGGGCGACCAAGCGACGUCCUCCGAUGUUGUCUCGAUCCAACUCCGGCUCAAGUCGUCGCUCACUACAAAUGAACUCUCGCGACGAGUCCGAGAAGACUGUCAAAGUCUCAGUACCAGAAAAUCAAUUUGUUCAUGUCUUCCUGCGAGAAGCGAUGUCAGUGGAAGAAUUUCUAGCGAGCGCUUGCAGCAGGAAAAAUCUGAAUCCAAUGGAGCAUUUUGUCAGAGUGAAGAAACGACGAGAUAUGGACGAUCACAAUUACUUUGUACCACACCGCACUGAUCUUAUAGAAACAUACAUUCAUACCCAUGAAAUAGUAGAAGUUUGUGCGAAAAUCUUGUACCAAGUUGAGCUGCAGAGGACGACCCUGGAACAUAUGUGGGGCUUUUCUGUUGAAGCUGAGUUGAUAGAGAAUGCAGACAGACAGGACGAGUUGUGUUGUUACGUCAGCCGGGUGGAGGAUAAGAGUGUCGCUAUGCAUAACGGAAUCAUCAAAGGAGACGAGAUCAUGGUGAUCAACGGAGCCAUCGUGAGUGACCUGGACAUGAUGUACCUAGAGUCGGUGCUACAGGAGGAGUUAUCUCUGUGUAUGAUGAUGAGGUCGUCUCGGACUGAACCACCAGACCUGGCCCCGGGGAUAUUACGAUCUACAGACAUAGAGAUAGAGAGUCUAGUCUGCCCCCCUCCCCCCUCCGAUCCCCCUGUCAUCAGCGAAGAGAUGAUCUCUGGGCUGAUAGUACCUGCACCUGGCUGGAGUAAAGAACUAUAUUCUCCAGAGACUGAAAACCCACCUGCAACUUCUAGUGAUGGAACCAGCACCAAACAAACUUCUAGAGCUAACUCUUUCGAAAUUGAGAAUCUUUUAAAGACUGCAGAACAAGUGACAGGUUUCUGUCGCUCGCCUGGGGAGACUCGUAAGUCAAGCCCAACAGGAAGCGUCGUUAGUACAACAUCCCAAGCUCUGCUUACGCCCAGCCGUCAACUCACAGAUGCAGAGAAACUGCGCAAAGUCAUUCUUGAGCUAAUUGAUACAGAACGUACUUAUGUAAAGCAUCUAAACAGUCUCCUAGAAAACUAUUUGGAGCCUCUGAAGAAAGAAACGUUUUUGUCUCAUGCUGAGAUUGGAGCCUUGUUUGGGAACAUUCAAGAGAUAGUUUCAUUCCAACGUCAGUUCCUUCAAAAUCUAGAAGAAGCUCUUGAGAUGGAGCCAGACUUUCACAAGUUUGAUCAUCCCAGUCAAUUCAAAAAUGUCCUUUUUUCAAUCGGAAGCGCUUUCUUAUAUUAUGUUAACCACUUCAAAUUGUACAGUUCAUUCUGUGCAAGUCAUUCGAAAGCUCAAAAAGUUCUUCACCCAAACGAGGGAAACCAAGCCCUUCAAGAGUUCCUAUCUUCAAGAAACCCACGACAACAACACUCCUCCACCCUGGAAUCCUAUCUCAUCAAGCCCAUACAGAGAAUCCUCAAGUACCCACUCCUGCUGCAGCAGCUUAGAAAUCUCACAGACCCUCAGUCUGAUCAACAUCUUCAUCUCGUUGAGGCCUUAAAGGGAAUGGAAAAGGUAGCAGAGCAUAUCAACGAAAUGCAACGAAUUCACGAAGAAUACGGUGCAAUAUUUGACCACUUGUUCCGACAACACCAGAAGUCUUGUAAACAACCGAUUGAUCUCAGUCCAGGAGAUCUGUUGUACUACGGAGGUGUAGAGUGGCUCAAUAUCUCAGAUUUCCUCGGCAAAAUCAAGAAAGGACUUGAGCUCCAUGCAAUGUGCUUUGUGUUCAAAUCCGCUGUUGUUUUCCUGUGUAAAGAAAGACUUAGACAGAAGAAGAAGCUAAUGAGUGUGGCCAGUAAAGGUAGUUCCAACGAGGUGGAGAUCAUCCGCUACCAAGUGUUGAUCCCAGUGACAGAGGUGCAGGUUAGAGCCAGCUCUGCCAAGGACAUGGACUCUCACUUCCUUUGGGAACUUAUUCAUCUACGAAGCCAACUACAGCGGCGCUCGGAGAAAGUCUAUGUCCUCAGCAAUAGCACUGCAGAUUUCCGUAAUGCCUUCUUGAAGACAAUACGACAAAUCAUCAGAGAGAGUGUGAGAAAUAUGAGCAUACCUGCGACCAAACCAGGAUCUUCACCUUCACAGCUAAUCAACAACACAGCGACUCUGGGUAGACAGUCUGCCAGCAACACUGGCCCCCGCCAGGCCACCCCGGGGGAAACUCCUCAGACCAAGACUACUCCGAGCGGAGUCGUCAUCAUGCAGGGCUCCCACACUCUCGGCAAACCCAAGAAACCACCCAAGGGACCGCAGCGACACUCAGCGGGCAACAUAGACUACGACAAUCUGGAGACUAGGGAACAACAUCCGGAGCCCAACACUAACUUUAGGUCAAGAAGUAAAACCGUCUCUGACGCUGUUGAUUCAGAAAAAAAGCAACACGAUUGUGAUCCCGGAACGAAGUCAGAAGGGGAGGACGAGAACAGCCAAUCAGGAGCCAAGGGGAAGGGAGGUCUGGGUCGCACUCCCAACCACCUGACACUCAGCACGACAUCGACAUUAUCUGCUGGCAGCACUGGGAGUCAGGCGAGACUGAUACAAUCAUCACAACAACCAGAGAACUACCAACCUCCCACCGUCAAGGACCUGGGGUCACCAGUUUGGAAACCAAGAGACAUAGGGGAGGCCCUUACGCUUCCUCGCAAGAACAAAACACCCUCCACCUCUUCUACUGACUCUCACUCUCGCACCCUUGGUCGUAAGCCUGACAAGCAGUAAAUGAUAACAGAUCGUGGACAUGGUACAAAUUUUCGCAGGCUGUGUAAGUAGGAAGGGUUGGACCUAGCUCAAACUGUGCUCCUCUUGUAGUCUUUGUAAUUUUUGCACAAACUCCGACUAGAAUCCCGCACUCGGUCUUGUCAAAAACAAUUAUGUAAAUAAAUAAGCCGAUACGCUAUUUGUCAGUAUUUAUGGUUAUUAUUAAAUCUGAACAAAUCCUUGAGUAGAACUUACUGACCAGUAUUUUAGAGUUUCCCUAGUUCAAGCAAUACUUUCAGAAGUUCAAGUCUACAUCUUGGUUUAAAAAAAAAUUGGAAACUAUAUACUUCACCUUCUCUAUCAUUGAGAUAGAAAUGUUUAAGGUCUGUUGGAUUGCAAAAAAAACCUAAAUUUCCAGAAGGAUUUUUCCAGCAAUAAGAUACAGUAAUUAUUUAUUGACAUAACAUAUUUCAACAUGUUGGCAGCUAAAAUAAAUCCCAUGAACAAAGAAAAUAUAAAAGGUGGUUUUGCUGCAAACUUAAAGGAAACAGUUUUAUCCAUUUUGCUGUAAUUAAUUUAACUUACUUUCUUUGAUUCAUUCCAAACAUCAAUUCAACUGUGCACAAAGAUAUUUCAAUACAACAUUAACACAUUUACAGUUCUGAGGUAGUUCCAACCGAAUUGUUGUUAUACCAAAGACACCAUACUUGUUUAAGUAAAGCUCAUCUUACACUUAAAUAGACUUGUUUUUAUGAAGCAUUUGUAACUUUCAAUAGAUUUGUGUAUUUAUUGUAAACCAAAGGACUUAAGGUUAUUGUACUGCAUGCCUUCAUUGAUCAAAUAGUUUAGGUUGAUGGUUCACUCUCAAACUGUGAUGAUCGUUUUCCAAAACAUAUUCAAUUAAGUAAUUUAGUAAAUCCAUUUGCCUUCUUUUACUCACUUCAAGAAAUCCACUUACCAGUAAAUAAUAUGUUCAAUCAUUAUGUAAUUUUUCUGCCAGGGACAUGGCUGUUUUUGUUAUUGGUAGUUUUAUGUUCCAACCACGUAGGCUAACAACUGAAACAAUGUGAUUUCAACAGACUUUUAGGACCAAACAGUGACAUGUAUCUUUUUCUCAAUUCAUGUUAACGUCAGUACGUAUUUGGUUCCUAAAGUAACAUACAAUUAUAUACUUUUUCUUAAUUGCUUUAUAUUUAAUUUGGCAACCGGUGAUUUUUAUAGCUGGGUUUGAGAGUGAAGUAUCAUAGAAGUAGAACGUUAUCCUCAUUGUUUACAUUUAAGAUAUAAAUUACUUUGGUUUUAUACCAAACAAUGUGUAAUUUCUUUUCAAUAUUGUGCCAAAAUUGUGAAACUAUGAUUGUGUCACCUUGACUGUACAAUAUCAAGGUAAACCCAGCUCAAGUUUUGUUGUUUGAAAUUAACUAUUUAUGUAUUUGAUUAUUGUGUAAUUAAAAGAAUUUAAAGGAUGUCGAAACAUAGGAGAAAUAAUCUGUAAAUUAAUUACGUUACCAUUGUAGAGACGGUAAGCUAAGAUAGAAUCGAGUUUAUAGACUUGACUUUAUUGUUUUUAGUAGAUUUAAUAAUCAACUCCCUCAUCAUGACUCAAUGUCCCAAAUGUAAAUAUGAUCCAUGGAUGUGAAAUUUUGUUUUUCCGUGGCACCGUUUAUUAUAGUUUGACGUAAUUUAACGUACAUAUUCAGUUGCUGUUGAGUUCUGCAUAGUUUAUGUUACCAGAUUUGUUACAACAAUAAACCAAAUAUUGUGAACAAUGUCAUGAUCAUUCCUUUAUAGUAACUACGCAUCGGUAUUGGUAUUUUCUUUUUAUAAAUGUUACCUUACCGCUUAUUGUAAAUAUAUAUUCACUGUCUCUUAACAUUUGCACUUUCCAUUUGUUUCAUAAACAUUUCAAUAUCGAUAUGAUUAAGAGUUUCAGUUGUUACCAGUGUUAGUGUACCUGUUUUUCGAGUGAUCGAUCAAUCGGGUAAUCGGUAAUCUCGCAUAACCUGGGUCAAGAUUAGCACUCCAAGUGAUUUCCGCAAUCACCCCUUUGCACAUCCUUUACUUUUUACGAAUGUGUUUAUUGUUUUUAGCUGUAACAUAAUGGUGCUUUUCUUUCUUUUACUUUAAUUGAUUACACACCCAUAUUCACAGAUAAAACUAAUUAUAAUUUUACUUUUAGAUUAAGGUGACGAAAAUUUGAUGGACUUUGUGUCAAAAAAAUGGAAAUGUUUGGGAAAGUGUUAAUUUAUGCUCGGACCAGUUUGGUUGUGUGGUAAUGUUUGUGAUGAGAAUGAUUACUAAACAGUUCUAGCAUCUAAUUAAUCCUAACUGACAAACUUUUUAUCUAUAACAAUCACUGUGAUACAGCAGAGUUUGAUUAUUACAUUAGAAUGCUAUAAAUUGGGAUUAUUAUUUCAAAGAAUCGCUAAAAUAUAACUGAUACAAUUGAGAUGUAAUUUUUUAUGCCAAAUUUAACAAAUUCUUUAAGAGUUAAAAAUAAACACUCUGCCUCAGAGGUGUAUUUUAGAUGAUUAAAAAAAAAAAAUACUACAGGAACUUACUAACUAAUCAAUGUUUGACAUAACCAAUAUGGUACUAUCGCAAGAUUCAUCCAAAGGAUUUCGCUAUCACCGUAUUUAACGUAAGCUGGAAUUGCUCAGGAGAGAUAAAUAAUUCUCAUUCUUUCGACAACAAGAUUAUUAUUCUCUCGAAAUCUCAAAACACUAUCGUCCUAAUCUUCUAGACACAACCAGACUAGUCCGAAGACACUGUUAUUCCAUAUAGCAACACAGUUGUGUUAUAUUGGAGUGGAAGGCACAGAACCAGCCUUGUAAAUACAGUGAGAAUGUUAAAUCAGAGGACAGCUUUAAGAGAUUUUAAAAUGUGGUACGAAUACAGUAAUAUACUUAUGUA